AUGUCUUCACUAUACAAAAACACUAUGGCCGCUUUAGAUAAAAUUGUUCCUACAAAAUUCCACCCAAUAUGGAUGCACCCAGCAGGUCCAAAAACGGUAUUUUUCUGGGCGCCAGUAUUCAAAUGGGGUUUGGUGAUAGCUGGAAUUGCUGACCUUCAACGUCCCGCAGAAUUACUGAGUACCUCUCAAAUUACGGCUUUGGUCGUUACUGGACUUAUUUGGUCGAGGUAUUCAAUGGUUAUUAUUCCUAAAAACUAUACAUUGCUUAGUGUUAAUGCAUUUAUAGCUAUUACUCAAGGUGUUCAGUUAAUUAGAGUGUUACAUUAUCAAUACAGCAAUAAAUAGCUUUAAUAUUAUCGUUUCAGGUACAUAUUAUGUACCUAUUUCUUAGUUAUUUUUUAUUUGGUAAGGAAAUGAAAACGACAUGCAUUACGUAAGUAAAAUGAUAAUAUGUACAUUGAUUUAAAUAAAGCUUUAGAUACAUAUAUUUCAGUACAAGGAAAA